AUGUACCCCUCUGAAGAUGGUAAAGUCCCAUGUAUUUCUCCCUCGGGGAAGUAUAUUUUCCGUUUAUAUUUCAAUGGCUGCUACCGAAAGGUCAUUAUUGAUGACAUGCUUCCUUCCUCAAAAACUCUACGAUCACUCCACGUGAUAGAUAGGAAUAACCCUGCCGCCAUAUGGCCCGCCUUGGUUGAAAAGGCAUAUCUGAAAGUAAGAGGAGGUUAUGACUUUCCAGGAAGCAAUUCUGGGACUGACUUAUGGGUUUUAACUGGCUGGAUUCCUGAGCAAGUCUUUUUGCAUGACGAUGAACUGGCACCCGGUCAUCUCUGGCAGCGUAUUACCAACUUUUUCCAGUCAGGGGAUAUAUUACUAACCCUAGGUACUGGAAAACUGACAGAUUAUGAAGAAAAUGAGCUCGGUCUUAUCAGCCUACACGAUUAUGCAGUUUUAAGCUUGCAAGAGAGAGAUGGAAUACGUCAAAUGCUCAUCAAAAACCCAUGGGCUGCGGGACCCGUAUGGAAAGGAGUAGGCCAACUUAGUGAAAACUAUGUUUUUAGUCAUGGCUCUGAGCAUGAACCGUCACACCCCUCAACCACCGCUCCAGGCACAUUCUGGAUGGCCUUUGAAGAUGUCCUCCAGAAUUUCGAUAACCUGUAUCUAAAUUGGAAUCCCUCUCUAUUCCGCUACCGCCAGGAUAUCCAUUUUCGCUGGGACCUGUCAUCCGCAAGCAUAGUUCCGGGGUGCUUCGCGGGAAAUCCUCAAUUUGCUGUUUCCACUAAAUCCGGAGGAACUGUAUGGCUUCUCCUUGGAAAGCAUUUUAAAACUGGAGACUAUAAAAAGAACACGAACCAAUUGUUGGAAGUGGUUCCUGAUGCUGACCAAACUGGGUUCAUCAGCCUUUAUGUGUUUGAGAAGAAAGGAAUUAGGGUUUAUUUGGCAGACGGGGCUCUCCGGCGUGGUCCUUACGUUGAUUCCCCGAACACGGUAAUGAGGCUUGAGAUGCCGCCAAAUUCAACCUAUACCACCGUCGUCUCAGAGCAAUCCCAUCAGAGAUCACUCUAUAGCUUUUCUAUCUCUGCAUUUUCUAUGUCUCCGAUUAGUAUCCAUCCCGCGAAAGAAACAUAUUCUCAUAUCAAAAAGUUAUCAGGAGCCUGGACUAUAUCCACAGCAGGUGGUAAUGCUGAAUCCGAAAGAUAUCCUGAAAACCCCCAGUUCCAAAUACAGAUCCUUGAACAAUGUGAUGUCAAUAUUCUUCUGGAAGCAGAAGAUCCUGGCCUCGCGGUUCAUGUGAGCCUCAUUUGGUCGAAUGGGGACCGGGUUGCAUGUGUUCGCUCACGGGAUAUAGUAGUUGGCAGUGGUGAUUACCGCCGUGGCGUCGCUUUGGCUGAGAAAAAAGAUGUGACAAAGGGGAUGUACACCAUCGUUUGUUCAACAUUCACGCCAGACCAACUGGGAAAAUUCACAUUGUGCGUUUCUAGCACCUCGCCCUGCUAUGUCAGGCAACUGCCGGCAGAAAGGGCGGGCCAUUUGGUUAUGAACUCUGGCAUCGGAGUCUUCCCUCCAGGAACGGAUCGGAUUUUGGCCCCAAUUUCCACCCCUCGUCUGGCGCGGUUGAAAUUAAUAUGUCGACGUCGAGGGUCAUCGAUUGGAGAUCGCAAUGCCGCUCCAUCUCCCAUCCUUAUGACUGUCGAGCUUGGGCAAGGACCAUAUAAAGAAAUUCUAGCUGGUUCUGGAGAUGGUAACUUUAGUGAUGAUGUCAGAGGCGCUCGCAUUGAAUCAGUGGACUUGCAGCCAGAAUUUGAACAGAGAGGGGGAAUAUGGCUUGUUGUUGAACGUAUUGGCGGGCCGGGUGGUCAGGUUGAAGACCGCAUUGAGGUAGAAAUUCUGUCAGAAGAGCGGAUUGGGAUAGGGUCCUGGGGUAUUGGUGGUGGAUGA